AUGUCGUUCCUGAACGGCUACAUCGAUAGUAGCGCAACUGACCUUGGACCCUGCUUUGCCUUUCGCGCAGAAAAGGUACUCGUCAUAACAGCCGACUCGCGGACGAUAGUCGGCGAGCUCGUCAGCGUGGACAACCAGACCAACUUGGUCCUCAAGUCAGCCGUCGAGCGCGUCAUCAACACCCCAGACAACCCGGAGCCGUCGGUCGAGGUCCCCCUGGGGCUGUACCUGAUCCGCGGCGACAAUGUGUGCACGGUCGGCCUGGUGGACGAGAAGCUGGACGCGGAGAUCAACUGGACCAAGGUCAAGGGCGAGGUGAUUGGCGGCAUCAAGCACAUAUAG